AUGCCCCUCCCCCUCCGUCGCAUUGCAACAUCGCUUAGCUGGAGGGAGUGCAGAUUAUAUCUGUCAUCAUCACCUGCGCACUUCAAGGAUAUCCGGGCGCCACGAAUAUCUUCCGUUCAGCAUCAAAUACGCUAUCUAUCUUUACGCCGCUCAUUUUACGGAAAUAUCAGUGAUCCGAAAAUGGCACCGCAACUUGAACCUUUCUUCAAGCAGGUCGACGAUUUGUCGGGCUCUUUCAUUGACCGUCUACGAAAGGCUGUCGCUAUCCCAUCUAUUUCCGCACAGGAUGAGAAUAGAAAGGAUGUCUUCAAGAUGGCCCAGUUUCUUGCUUCCGAGCUUGAGAACUUGGGUGCCGAAGUGGAACAAAGACCGUUAGGUAAACAACCUGGAAAAGAGCACCUAGAUCUUCCCCCGGUUGUGCUUGCUCGUUAUGGUAAUGACAAGAGCAAGCGAACCAUCCUGGUCUAUGGACACUAUGACGUGCAGCCGGCUUUGAAAGAAGAUGGCUGGGCGACAGAGCCUUUCGAGUUGACCGUCGAUGAUCAGGGAAGAAUGUACGGGCGCGGAAGCACGGACGAUAAAGGUCCCGUCCUCGGCUGGCUGAAUGUUAUCGAAGCUCAUAAAAGGGCUGGUGUUGAGUUCCCGGUCAAUCUGCUCUGUUGCUUUGAGGGGAUGGAGGAGUAUGGCUCAGAAGGUUUGGAAGAGUUCAUUCAAACCGAGGGCAAGGAAUUUUUCAAAGAUGCAGAUGCCGUUUGCAUCUCGGACAACUAUUGGCUUGGGACCGAAAAGCCUUGCUUGACCUACGGGCUCCGAGGCUGCAACUACUACUCCGUGAGCAUUUCGGGCCCUGGUCAGGACUUGCAUAGCGGGGUCUUUGGUGGCACAGCCCACGAGCCGAUGACUGAUCUGGUUCAUGUGCUUUCUAAACUUGUCGAUUCGCAGGGAAAUAUCCUGAUCCCUGGAAUCAUGGAUCUUGUUGAGCCCCUUACGGAGGAAGAAAAAUCCCUAUACCCUGGCAUCAACUACACUAUGGAUAAUCUUCACGAGUCACUGGGCAGCGAGACAAGCAUUCAUUCCACCAAAGAGAGAACUCUCAUGGCAAGAUGGAGGUACCCGUCUCUUUCUCUCCAUGGCAUUGAGGGCGCAUACUCUGCUCCUGGCGCGAAGACAGUAAUCCCAGCUAAGGUCAUCGGCAAGUUCUCAAUCCGAACUGUGCCGAAUAUGGAAAGUGAGGACGUGAACAAACUCGUCUUCGACUAUGUCAAGGCAGAGUUCGCCAAAUUGAAUAGCAAGAACACAUUGAACGUGUGGCUCCAGCAUGAUGGAAAGUGGUGGGUUGCCAGUCCGAAGCAUUGGAACUUCUCAGCUGCAAGCAAAGCUGUGAAACAGGUUUUCGGUGUUGAGCCGGAUAUGACCCGUGAGGGUGGCAGUAUCCCUGUCACACUAAGCUUCGAGCAAGCUACAGGCAAGAAUGUCCUCCUCCUACCUAUGGGAAGCUCGACUGAUGCUGCUCAUUCGAUCAACGAGAAGCUCGAUAAGAGGAAUUAUAUUGAAGGAAUCAAGUUGCUGGGAGCGUAUUUGCAUUACGUUGCGGAGGAGCCUAUGGACAUCUGA